AUCCUCUGCAACGUGACGCAACUUCCGAAACCUGAACGUUAUGCUCUGGUGUUUAGCUGAUGGUUGCUUGUGCAGCUACAAGAGCAUUUGUGAAAAAAGGGUGAAUCCAUUACUGGUGUGGAGAUCCAGGUGUCACUAUGGGUGAAAGAAAAGGAACAAACAAGUACUACCCUCCAGAUUUUGAUCCGGCCAAGCAUGGAUCCCUCAAUGGCUAUCAUAACACCCACGCUCUGCGGGAGAGGGCCAGGAAACUGUCCCAGGGCAUUCUCAUUAUCAGGUUUGAGAUGCCCUACAACAUCUGGUGUGAUGGCUGCAAAAAUCACAUUGGCAUGGGGGUCCGCUACAAUGCUGAGAAGAAGAAAGUGGGGAACUACUACACCACGCCAAUCUACAGGUUUAGGAUGAAGUGCCAUCUGUGUGUCAACUACAUCGAGAUGCAGACAGAUCCAGCGACCUGCGAUUAUGUAAUAGUAUCUGGGGCAAACAGGAAGGAGGAACGCUGGGACAUGGCUGAAAAUGAACAGAUACUCACCACAGAGCGGACGGAGAAGGAGAAACUGGAGACAGAUGCCAUGUUUAAACUGGACCAUGGUGGGAAAGACAAGGAGAAGUUUAAGAAGGCUCUGCCUUCUUUGUCAGAGAUUCAAGACUACCAGUCCAGCUGGAAGGACGACUUUCAGCUCAACAGUACCCUCCGCAGGAAGUUCAGGACGGAGAAGAAAGUUCUGGCUGAUCAAGAGGAGAAGGACAACACAGUCAGGAUGAGGACCAACCUGUCCAUACCAUUGCUGCCAGAGAAGGAGGAGGACAAGAAACUGGCAGCACUGCUCACCUACCAGGCACCUGACUGUACGUAACAGAUACAGGGUCUAAACUCACAAACACACUGUUCAAAUACAUGUGCGAACAUCUAUGCACCAUCACCGUCUUUAAGAGAAAUAUGAUGGCUGACAUAAGCAGCUCUUUAAAUUGAAUUCUUCAAAUGGGGCAGACCAGCUUAUUCUUGUACAUGUCAGGUUACAUGCUGCAAGUUUUUCUAACUGGAAGGAUUUUAUAAAAAUGCAUAUUCGGAAGACCCUUUUAGAACAAAAUGUAGAUGUAGUGUGUUAUCUGGACCUGGAAACACAUCAUAUUUUUGAGAAACUUCACAUUUACAAACCCAUCUGAACCCCAUCCAG